CAAUUUUAUAUCAAUACAUUAUUGAUUUCACAUUAUUGAUCGCUUUGACUUUCCACUGUCAAACAAACUUUACUUCUCUCACACACAACUUCGAUAAGGAUAUUUUCUAAUAUUAUACACUCUCAGUACAUAUCCAAGAAAAAGAUAAUUCUACUUGUAAAAUUCAAUCAUCAACCCACAAUUCUCGAGUUCAAUAUCCAUAAAUUCCCAAAGUACCGGUAACUUUCAAUCCCGAUCCACUCAUCAACCCAUUCUUUGCCUUGCCGUAAGGUCCCCCGCAGAUUUUCGGAACGAAAGACAAUUUCAAUUGCACAAAGUACACAAGCUUCACGAAAUACGAUCAAGAAUCUUCCGACGGAGAGACUGUCUUCGGAGAAGGUCUGGUGGAUUUUGCGACUUGACGUUGCGACUUGAUACAUACUCUGCGACUAUCCUACGCGACUAUCCACUGCGACCUAGAAAAGGUUAUGGCAAGCGACAAGGCGCAUACUUGAUUGUCAAGAAAAUAGGCAUACGAUAAGUAUAUACGAGCUUUGAGUUUGCUCUUUAACAAGUCUUUGAGGAGUAGAGGGUUUGUGAGCUUGAUUGAGUGAGGAGGAGAUUUUACGAGGAGUCAACGGAGUGUUCAAUACUCACAGAGAGUCCGAUUUGCCUUCGAAAUUCGAGUCUUAUUCGCUUCACUCAACACAACCACGAUAGUAAAAGUGCAGAUGUCGCCAUUAUGAGCAAUUUUUUUAAUCCGCAGAUGACCCAGGAGGACCUGCAGCGGCAGGUCGCUCAGAGGAGGGCGCAUUCUAGGUCCUUGAGCAUGACACAACCUCUUCAGCAACAUCAGCAGCAUCAACAGCAACAUCAUCAACAGCAGCAGCAGCAAUCAUCCGCCCAGAUCAAUGCCAAUUCUAUGAGCAUGAAUGACAUGAUGAGCGGUGGCGAUAGCUUGGACGAUAUCAUCAUGCAGAAUAAUAACGAGUUACAACGGCGGCAGAGUUACUCACAGACCUUUGCGCCAGAUCAUGAUCGCAGAUCUUCCAUGUUGGAAUAUGGUAAUAUGGAUUCAAGUAUGGACGGUUUUCAGUUCGGUACCCCGACAUCAGGUCCCGAAAAUCCAAUGUUACGACGACAGUCGACGGGUGAAUUGGAUUUGAGUAUGGUUUACCAGGGUAUGGGAGCUGGAAUGAACAUGGCAAUGCCACAAUCACAGUAUACGAACUCUGUGCAACCAAAUAUGAUGGCCAUGGAUACAAAUAUGGGUUAUCCGCCUUUCACUGGAGAUAUGAUGCCUGGAAUGAUGAGUUACGCUUCCAUAGGGAUGGAGGGUAUGUCUCAAGAUUCGCCCAUGGGCAUGUACUCGAAUCACAACUAUUCCCCUACGGUAUACGGAAACGAUCCAAUGGAUUCUGUAACAUCGGAGAUGUUUAUCAGGGGUCCAGAUAAUAUGAGAAUAAGAAACUUGGAUGAUGAUAACAACGAGGCCAUGGCAUCGUCAUCCGGUAUCAUGGUCCAAUCACCAAACAAUAUUGGUAUGCCUCAAAAUGUUGAUUACAACUCUCCGGCUACUUCAAAUGCACCUCAAAAUAUCUUGUCUCGAACGUCAAGUACAGCUCUGAUUCCUACGACCUUUUCAUCUUUACCAACCUCCACAGACAUCGUCCCUGCCUCCUCACCCAGGCAAGAUGCUACGGGAAUAUAUUCCAGCACUGGGUUCGAUAUGCUUGGAGCACUAAUGAGAGUGGUAUCGAGACCAAAUAAAGUCAUUAAUAUAGGUGCCGUCGAUUUAUCAUGUGCAUUUGUUGUCUGCGAUUUAAGAGAACCGGAUUGUCCCAUAAUAUAUGUCUCGGACGUUUUUGAGAAUCUUACCGGAUAUUCAAGACAUGAAGUACUGGGCAGAAAUUGUCGAUUCCUUCAAUCACCAGAAGGAAAAAUCCAAGCUGGUGAACGUAGGUUGGACACGGAAAAUGAUAAGGUCUAUGAACUUAAGAAAGCCCUAGAUACGAGAACGGAAACUCAACAGGCCAUUAUUAACUAUCGAAAAGGAGGUCAACCAUUUAUGAAUCUCUUAACGAUGAUUCCGAUUCCUGCAAGUGAUGACGAUCCUACACUUUCUUUGGUUGUUGGAUUUCAGGUUGAUGUAGUCGCAAACCCAAAUAGUGUCAAUGAAAAAACUACCGCUGGGAACUACACAAUGAAUUACAAACAAGGCACAUUACCAAGAUAUCAGUGGCAUCCACCUCAGCCACAUGCUCGUCUACCAGAUGCCGGUCAAACGAUUAGUCGUGAUGAUGUUAGCUCAGUAUUAGCCUCAUAUGACAAUGGUAGCGAUCCAGAACUUACCAAGAGGAUGUGGGAGAAGGUACUUUUGGAGAAUAGUGAUGAUGUUAUUCAUGUCCUUUCUUUGAAAGGCCUAUUCAUGUACCUUUCACCAUCAUGUCGCCAGGUCUUGGAAUACGAUUCGUCUGAGUUAAUAGGGACUGCACUCUCCUCAAUUUGUCAUCCUAGUGAUAUAGUACCUGUCACUCGAGAAUUGAAAGAAACAUCACAAGGGAGUCCUGUCAAUGUGGUGUUCCGCGUUCGUCGAAAGAAUAGUGGCUAUACAUGGUUUGAAAGUCAUGGUUCUCUAUGUGUAGAGCAAGGCAAAGGUCGAAAAUGCAUCAUCAUGGUUGGUAGAGAAAGACCGGUAUAUGCAUUGGCUAGAAACGACUUAAAUCGAAACGAAGGUCUUGGUGAGAAUCAGUUAUAUUCUAAGUUGUCGACAUCAGGCAUGUUUCUAUACGUCGCGUCGAACGUUAGAUCUCUCUUAGAUCGAACCCCGGAUGAUCUUGUCGGUACAAGUAUUCAAGCAUUGAUGCGUACUGAUUCUAAGAUUGCAUUCGGUCGAUCACUAGAGAAAGCAAGAACGGGAAAGAUAGUCAAAUAUCGGCAUGAGAUUUUCAAUAAACGUGGUGUUGUUCUACAAGCUGAAACAACAUUAUACCCUGGGGAUGCAUCAGAAGGGCAUAAACCUACAUUCCUCAUCGCCCAGACUCGGUUGGUUAAAAGUACCCCUCGAAAUGCUGCUUCAACUCCUGGAACUAAUGGCAGUACUCUCACUAGUGCGAACACAAUGGUCAUGAGUCCCGUGAAUAAAACAGAUAUUCAAACUCCCGAAGGAACGUCAAGCAAUAGCUUGACUCGUUCGCAACCUAGUCCAUUUAACGAAGCUAUGACACCAGGUGCUAGUAAUACAAUUGCACCUGUUACGCAACCAGGUGGAUGUGGACUUCCAAUUGGAUCUCAAGAUGAAGCAUUAGCAUCUGAGGAUAAUAUAUUUGAGGAACUAAAGACAACACGUUGUACAAGUUGGCAGUAUGAACUUCGACAGAUGGAGAAGAAUAAUCGAACACUUGGGGAAGAAUUAGCCAUGUUAAUAAAUGCAAGGAAGAAACGAAAGCGAAGAAAGUUACCUGGUAACGUUCAGCGAGAUUGUGCUAAUUGCCAUACCAAAAGCACACCGGAAUGGAGAAGGGGACCGAGCGGAAAUCGAGAUUUGUGUAAUAGUUGUGGAUUGAGAUAUGCGAAAUCGGUAAGUCGCGAUGGUUCUGAAACCGCACUUACGGCUGGUCAAGUUAUUGAUCAUUCAUCAUCCUCUACAUCUUGAAGUUGAGUUUGUUGAAAAUCCCCGCUUCAAUUCACGAUUGUUCUAUAGUUCUCAUCGGAAAAAGAUAUUCGAAAGUUCUCAGUGGAUAAUUUCAGAAAUCAAUGGCGGGUCAAGGUGCCUUUUCGCUUAUCCGCUCUUCGCCAUGAGAAAUACAUUUAAGCACAUGGCUGCUUUUCGCCCUUACUCACUCUACAAUUGUUCUUUAGUUUGUAUUCUUAUCAAUUUAAUCAUACGGCACACGGCACUAAUUUCAUAUCUUUUAAACGUUCAGCAAGGUCGUAUUUCUUCGCGCACUUCUAAACGUAGUAGAGAUGAUGCGUCGAGCAAAACCUCCAAUUCUCCGAUUCAUUCGAGUCCAUUACAGAAUGAAUUAUCGCAAAAAACACAACCUUUGAAUCCGAAUCUGAAUAUCAAUCCUGGAAAUAUGAAGGACGAGAUGAAUGAUUCAAGGCCUCGAAAAGUAUUGAAAAAAUCGCAUUCGGCUGAUAGUGCGGAAAGUGUAGGGAGUAUAGGUACUGGAAGUCAAGGAAGUGCAGGUGGUGGUGGUGGUGGUGGAAAGGAGAUUAUCGGACAUGGAAAUAUAGGUGUGGGAGGAAUUAUUAAUGGAGGAGUAAUGGGAAGUGGUACGGCCGUUCCGGCAUCUUUAGGUGGAAGAACAACGAUGGAGAGUCAACCAGUUCAUGCAAGAAGUUUGGGAUUCAAUGAGGGAGGUGUUAGUGGGAUUACAAAUAUUGAGGAGGGUAGGGAAGGAUCACGGACGAGUUCGACGAGUUCAAUAAAUUCCAUGGUUAAAGGAGCUCUUCGAAAUGAGCAAAACUCUGUUGAGAGAGGAGAAAGGGAGAUAAUGAAUGAACAGAUUGAACGAUACGGUGAUGAUCUUUCUUUUUAGGAUGGAUAAUCAUUAGGUUUAUUUUCUGCAUAGCAAGUUUUGCUAGCGGGUUUUAGGUUGGCUGGAUUGGGUUGUGUUGAUUGACUUGACUUGGGGGUUUCAUUGUGGUGCGGGCGUAUAUUGGUUGAUAGGUUAUGGGGUUGAGGAUCUGGUGGCGUGGUGUUAUGGGAAAUAUUUUGAACUGGGAUGGGUAGGAUGGCUGGAAACGAUUGGAGUGGUUUUAGAUUCUUUAUACUAUUGGCUUUUACGAGCAUUUUCUGUUCUUUCUUGUGGGAGACAGAUUUGAGGGAAGAGAGGAAAAUAGGAUGAAAAAUUGGGAUAGUGAUAGGGAUGAGAGGUGGGGUUUUUGAUGGUGAUGGUGAUGACUAUGAUAGUGGCGGUUAUAGUGGUUAUAGUGGUGAUGAUGAUUUGAUGAUGAGAAAUAAGAAGUAGAAUGAUA